AUGAAGUCCCACAUACUCUCCCUACUCGUCCUCCUCACCCCCUCAACAGCCCAAAUAACCUUCCAGGACAGCAGCUCCACCAUCCUUCGCACCGACAAUGGCACCCACGGCCCUCCCAUGGAAGAAUACCACUACUACCACACCCAAUGGCCCAUCGGCCUCGCAAUCUCCUCAACCGGCCGUUUCUUCGCAACCUACACCCGCGGCACCUACGCCUACACGCUCGGCGAAGCCGUCAACAAAACAGCUGAAAAACCAUACCCCUCACUCUCCCACCAAGUCCCCGUCUCGCAGUUAAACACAUCCUGGUCCGACAUCCCAUUCGGCAGCAACAACUCCACAGGCUUGAUAAGCGUACAAGCACUCUACAUCACCCCCGCAUCCGCCCUCCGCCCUGAAACCCUCUGGGUCGUUGAUACCGGGCGACCUACUAUCCAUGAUGCCGAUGGCACGCCUAGUAUGCCGUACGCUGCGCCCGGCGGCCCUAAGAUCCUGGCGAUUAGUCUAGAUAACGAUACGGUGUAUGCGACAUACACGUUCCCCGUAUCAGUGCAUUAUCCAGACUCCUACAUGAACGACAUACGUCUCGACCUGCGUCCGUCCGUUACGGCUUCAGGCGGCGGAAUCGUGUAUAUAAUCGACAGCAGCGAUGAAGGACGGCCCGGGUUCAUCAUGCUGGAUCUAGGCACGGGGCAGAGUUGGCGCCGGUUAACGCAAGAUGCUAGUACGUUGCGCGCUCCCCGCGAUGUACCGAGUUACCAAGGACACCCGUUUUACCAGCGUAUUCUCGGCGGUGGUGGUGGUGAUGGUGGAGAAGUGCAGACGUUACGCGAAGGUAACGACGGCAUUCAGAUAUCUCCGGAUGGCGAAACAAUCUUCUACUCCCCCUUGACUUCAAACAAACUCUACAGUAUCCCCGCAUCUUUCCUCCGCGCCCCGCCCUCCCCCCUCGCAGACAUCGCCGCUCAAAACGCCAUCGCCCACCUCGGUGGACGCGGUGGAAACGCAAACGGCUUCGAAGGCGACGACCACGGCCGGGUUUACAUGUGUAUGCCGGAGCAAAACGCUAUUUAUAUAUACGACCCACGCACGCUACAGACGGUGGCGUGGGUUAGGGAUCCGAGGAUAAUAUGGCCGGAUGGGGUGACGGUCGGUCAGGAUGGGUGGUUACGCAAGGUCCCUUCAAAGACAACUCAAGUGUUGUGA